GUGACACCCACAGCCUCCUGGAUAAAGGCUUCCUACCAGCAGGCUGCUGACAGCCCCAGUGCAUCACGGGAGUUGUAGUCCUUUUUUAGACGUCACUGUCAAUGGCUGCCUGCAGUGUGACAUUUCAAUGGAUGUAGCCAUUGUAACUACAGACACCGCUAUAUACCUUCAAUUAAUACAUCAUUUUUAUUUGGACUCUUGCACUGUUUUUUAAACUGAAAUUAAUUACUUUCCUAAAUUAAAAUAAAUCAAGAUGAAUAACACCUUAAAGCAUUGGAGAGAAGCUGCUACUCUGAUACUUGCAGCAGGCUCUCAGCAUGGAAACAUAUUACCAAAAAUUCAAAAUAUGGUUCAGCAAUCCUGGCCACAAAAUCCGAAUAAAACCCCUUUCGACUAUGAUGUUCUCUUAUUGAAGCGCAGUCAGAAUAGUGGGUUCAUGCCAAAUGUUUUCGUGUUCCCAGGCGGUCUUGUUGACCCGUCAGACUUUUCCAAUGAUUGGAUAAAGGUGUUUGAAAGAUAUCAACAACAACCUAACUUUGGGCUGGGUUUGGUGAAACAGCACCCCAGUACUAGGCCUCCUAUGUUUGUCACCGACAGAACUCAGUUUGGAUCUCUGGUUCCUGGGGAGGUCGCUUUCCGGAUCUGUGCCAUCAGAGAGACGUUUGAAGAAUCUGGAAUUUUGUUGGUGGUUCCUGAGAACUCGGACGUGAAAGUCAUCCAGAACACCAUGGGGGUCUAUGAACAUGAUCAAGAGUUACUUUCCAAAUGGAGACAGGAGGUUCAGGACAACCCUUUCCAGUUCAUCCAGAUGUGCAAAGAGAUGCGUUGUGUGCCGAACAUCUGGGCUCUAUAUGAGUGGAGCAACUGGCUGACCCCAUUAAUACCCAAUAGUUCAAGUCUCAGACGUUAUGAUACAGCUUUCUACAUUUGCUGUUUGGAGAAAAGGCCACCUACCAGUGAUGACCAGAAAGAAGUCACUUCCUUCAAGUGGUGGACUCCCCUGGAAGCUAUAGAGGAAUAUCGUGCCCGAAGAAUCUCGAUUGGACCCCCUCAGUGCUAUGAAUUAAGCCGGCUGUGUAACAUGAGCCAUAUUGAUGAAUUGCACAGGUUUAGUCUGCGGCGUGCUCUUGAAGGCUGCGAGCAGUGGAUGACGGCCUUCAUGAGCGCUGAAGAUGGCGUGGUGCAUGUAUUACCAGGUGAUGAUUUGUAUCCAGACAAUGUUGACCCUACAGGAGAAAAGCCAAGCUUACAGAUUACCAGCAAACCUGUUGAAGAUCUUUUGCAAGAUGGAAAACGUCAUAACCGAUUCCUGCAAAACAAAGGCGUUCCAAGCUUGUAUGUUAAUAUUGAACAGAAAUACAAUCAUCUGAGCCCGGUGGCCAUGAAUGCUCAUUGUAAAUUGGAACCCAAGAGCAAGAUGUGACAUUGAACUUAAUCCCAGCAUAAAAAGGAGUUAAAUAAAACUCUCUGGAUAGCAAUCCUGGCAUAUGCCCAUGAAUGGGAAGUUUUGUUAAUAUUGAUAAUCGAAAAAGCAAAUAGUUAAUUCUAGCUGGAUAGAUAAGGGCACCACAAAUUAGCCAUAUUGUUACCGUAUGCACCAGCUACCUCAGUUUACUGUGUUCUACAAUAAAGAACAUUGAACGGUA